CUUCGUUCGCGUUUCUCCCAGCCCAUCUUGCGUGAACAAUCGCAUCUUGCUCGCCAUGAUCACCAUCGACGAUCUGAUGAGCUGCAGCAGCGGCGGCGGUGGGGCUCCGGUGGUUCCUAGCGACGACGGGCAGGUGGCGACGACGUCGUGGCAGCAAAUGAUGGCGGUGGGCGACCACCAACUGACGGUGUCCAGGAUCCGGGCGGCGGUGUCCAUGCUCGGCCGCCGCACGGGCCACGCGCGCUUCCGCCGCGGCCCCGUCGCCGUGGCGGACGGCCACCCGCCGUCGUCGUCGGACCACCACCAGCAGCAGCCGUCGGGGAGCUCGGCGCUGGGCUUCGUCAAGAAGGGGUGCGAUGAGGCGGCGCCAAGCGCGUCGGCCUCGGGGGGCAGCUCGUCGCUCCCCUCGACGACGACGCCGACGAGCCUUACCGCCGGUGGCGAAGGGAGCGUGUCCAACGGCCGCGUGCAGGGCCGCUUUCCUCUGAUGAGCGGCAGCGCCACCGGCAAAGCGGUAUCGAUGCAGCAGCAGCCUGCCGCCUCCGAUUAUUACCCCUCCGGCGGCGCCGCGCUGAGAAGCAAGUCCCACGGCGGCCGCGCGCGCUCCGAGAACGACGCCGGCGGCAAGGCGGCGCACGCCGGCCUCUGCCACUGCUCCAAGAAACGGAAGUCGCGCGUGAGGCGGAUGGUCCGCGUGCCGGCGAUCAGCUCCCGGAACGCCGACAUCCCGCCGGACGACUACUCCUGGCGCAAGUACGGCCAGAAGCCCAUCAAGGGCUCGCCGUACCCACGCGGGUACUACAAGUGCAGCACGGUGCGCGGGUGCCCGGCGCGGAAGCACGUGGAGCGCGACCCCGGCGAGCCGGCGAUGCUCAUCGUCACCUACGAGGGCGACCACCGCCACGACGGCCAGCAGGACCGGGGGGCCUCCGCCGCCGCUGCCGCCACGCAGCCUGAGCACACGGCGACGUCCACUUGAAGACGAAGCUCAUUCAAAGUCUCCGGCCUCUUUACUUUUGCCCAGUAGAAAUUUAUUGGAGUCGUCUGUGUAUGUACACAUGUAGUUUCUUCCUCCGGUUCUGUUCAAACGGUCGCGUCGCCGUCGCUUGUAGAGGAAAUUCAGGGGAACGGAAGAUAGGACACGGUGUUUGAAAAUUUGACCAUGCGUGCGCGUAACUUGUCAAGGUUUGUCCGGCUUGGGUUGUUGAGAGUUUUGUUCGACGCGCUAAGUGGCGUUAGUAGUCAAAAGGGAGAUCUGUGGUCGGUCCCGGAGGACAGGGACAGUACACGUCACUGAAACCGGAGGUGGGACUACUGCAAACAAUGGAUAUAUCACUGGAUAUUUGCUAAUAGAGUUAAUGUGUAGCACAAA